GGCACCCAUUCGCUGCAGAGGAUCCAUUGGAGGGCAAGUGAUAUAAUGCUAAAUUUCUACAAAUCUGUUGUGUUGAAGAGACAAGCUCAUCUACAAUCUGGACAGCUUGCAAGUGCAGAAGAAUAUGGCCUGAUAUGGAUCACCUCAGAUUUAUUAUCUGUGGCGAUUGUCAUCGACAUCUUCAUAUUUCAGAAGUGGAAGAUUAGUGGUAUGCGCAGCUACAACCCUGAGCAGAUCAUGCUAAGCAAUGUAGUACAUCGGCCGAGUCGUGACGUCAACUUAAUGAAGGAGAAACUUAUCUUCUCAGAGAUCAACAACGGUGUUGGGAGCACAGAUGAGCUCUCCGCAUACACAGGAAACGGACUGGGCGCGUAUGCACACGAUGACAUCAUGACACCCGCACGUCACACAGCGAAACUUUAG